CAAAUCCGCCUCGAUUUCCGUUUCGUUGAUAUACAGGAACAGGAACAGGAACAGGAACGUCGACAGUGACUUGGUGGGCCAAAACAUUGAGAAAAAUAUAACUGUCAAGCCAGGGCUUGUGCCUGAGUCCGGCGUCCGUGAAUGGAAGUGGAGAUAGCAUUCGAGAUGGGUCCUGAGAGAAUCUUACCAAACUCUGAGGAGGAGCUGGGCCAGGAGCGGCCGUCGGAUGGUGGAGUGGGCGGGGAGUGGAGUGGAGAGGACAUGGAGGAGGGCGGUGUGGGAGAUGAGGAGGAGGGGGAUGAUGGAGGUUACUAUUACCAGCCACUAAACCAGGACCCUGAUGGACUAAAUGCUGCACCCGGGGACCAGCCUGAGGAUAUGCCCCCAGUAGCAGAGCAACUGCAUGAAGUCCAGGAGAGAAUAGAGUCAAUGGGCUUACAUCUUCCCCAGCCCCCUCCCCUAGACAGUGAUGAGGAGGAGCCAGAAGGAGCCUCUGCCCUGAGCAGCGCAGCCUCCAUCCCCAUGGAUGAAGACCACGUGGAGCUGGUGAAGAGGACCAUGGCAGCAGUGGCCCUGCCCUCUCUGGCUAUCCCGACCUGGGCUCAGGAGAUCUCUGACGACCAAUGGAAGGACAUGGUCCAACAGACACUCCAGACUCGCCAAAGCUCUGGAGGCCUGAUGCUAGAGCGCAAAUAAGACUGAAUCCUUCCCACAGUCUGUCUUUAACUGUGCCAUGCAUUUCACCAUCACAUUUACCUCAGGGGAGUCUGAGCUGAGCUCCUCUGAGCGGGUCAUGAGUCCUAGGUGUCUCAAUUCCCAAUUCCUAUUAGAUUAAGAUAUCUCUCCUAAAUAUGUGUUUGAUAGGAGCCUCUGGGUACUCACUACUUCUAAGGGCGGCAGGUAGCUAGUAACUGAAAGGUUGCUGGUUCAAACCCCAAGCAGACUAGGCGAAAAAGCUGCCCAUGUGCCCUUGAGCAAGGUACUUAAAACAAAUUGCUCCUGUAAGUCAUUCUUGAUAAGAGCAUCUACUAAAUGACUAAAAUGUAAACAUUUUA